CUUGACUUCUUGACACGACAGCACUCUCAAGCAAUCAUGUCAGACGACCCUACUGCCGACUUCCUCGCUCGCGAGAAGGCCAUCCUCGGCGAGGACGCCGACCUCUUCGCGUCCGGCUCGGUGCCCUCCGCGCCGUCCGGCAUCGACGCCUUCCCCGACCUCGAUGCCGCCCCGGCCCCGGUCCCCUCCCCGCCCAAGCCAUCAGGCAUCGACGCCUUCCCCUCCCUCGUCGAGGAGGUGCACACCGAGGUCCGCGUGACUGGCGCCUCGGGGCUCGGCGAGGACAUUGAGCGCGAGAAGUUUGAGGCGAGCUUCCCCGACCUGUCGGAGGACAUUGGCGGUGCCGGUGCUACCGCCCCCAAACCCGUCUUCAACGCCCUCUCGUCGCAACCCUACGGCUCGUCGCCCUACCCCCCUACGGCGGCCCCGCAGCCCCGCUCGGCACAGAGCAUCCUCCCUCCUCCCCAGUUCGCCAACACGCUCCCCGAGACCGAGGAGGACACUGAGCCGAUCCGCGCAUGGCGCGAGCGCCAGGCCGAGGAGAUCAAGCGACGCAACGAGGCCGACAAGGUCAAGCGGGACGAGAUGGCCAACAAGGCCGAGAAGGCCAUUGACCAGUUCUACGAGGACUACAACAAGGAGAAGGAGAAGAACAUUCGCGAGAACAAGGAGAACGAGGCCAAGUUUGUCGAGCAGCUCAAGGACGACAUUGCAAAGGGCACGACGUGGGAGCGCAUCACCGACUUGAUUGGUCUCGAGAACUCUCAGUCCAAGACUAUUCGCCCCGCCGUCCCAGGAGGCUCGGACCUCGCGCGCAUGAAGGAGACGCUCCUCAACCUGAGGCGCGAGGGCGACAAGGCGCCCGGCGCCGCGGGCUUCUAGAUAGAGUCUUGAGCGACACCGACGUCGGCGGCGUAGACAACACAUCCCGGCGAGUAUGGCGCGGGCUUGUAUAUCCCUGCGGGGAGAUGACUUAUGAUAUCCGAUGAUAGCGAGGGCGCCGCGAGGGCGCGAGCGCAGCGAGCGCAGCGUGCGACCGAGCCGGGGGUGUGGGCAGGUGGCAUCAACAAGACUACGGUGAGAUGCG